CGGCAGCGCGCGGUGUGCCUAUUUUGCUGCGACACCACUCCAAGAUGGCCGCCCAGCAGAGCGCGGUGUGCCAGGUGUUCUCCUUCCAAGACCGCAAAGCCUCCCCGGACCCCAGCUUCCACCCCCCGGCCUCCUGCGGAUCGAUGUGCCCCAUCGUCAUCGACAAUGGCUCCUUCCAGACGAGGGCCGACUGGGCGACGCGGGACGCCGGAGCUCCCCGGCUGCUCUUCAGGUCGGUGGCGGCGCGCAGCAGAGGUUCCGCCCGCAGCCACACGCAGGUCCAGGUCGGCAACGACAUCCCCAACAUGGAGCCUCUGCGCUGGCUGCUCAAGAGCCAGUUCGACCGCAAUGUGGUGGUCAACCUGGAGGUCCAGGAGCUCAUCUUCGACCACGUCUUCAGCCACCUCCACGUCACCUCGGAGGGCUGCGUGGAUCACCCCAUCGUGCUGACGGAGGCGCCCUGCAACCCCCUGCACUGCCGGCAGAUGAUGUCAGAGUUGCUGUUCGAGUGCUACGGCGUCCCUCACGUGUCUUACGGCGUGGACGCCCUCUACAGCUUCCAUCACAACAACAGGCAGCCGCCCCAGACGGGCGUGGUCUUGUCCUCAGGGUACCACUGCUCUCACAUCCUGCCUGUGCUGGACGGAAGGUUGGACGGGGUGAACUGCAAGCGCGUGAACGUCGCCGGAGGCCAGGCGGCAGCUUACCUGCAGAGGCUCCUGCAGCUGAAGUACCCAGGUCACCUGGCCGCCAUCACACUCAGCCGCAUGGAGGAGCUGCUGCACGGCCACAGCUACACCGCUGUGGACUAUCAACAAGAACUAGAAAAGUGGCGCAGCCCGGAGUUCUACGAGCGCGAGGUCCACAGGAUGCAGCUCCCCUUCUCGGGCAAGCUCCCCGGCGGCUGCGUGAGUGCCGAGGAGAGGCAGGAGAGGCGGGCCCAGCAGCUGAGGCGCCUUCAGGACAUCAACGCUCGGCGGCGUGGAGAGAAGCUGCAGCAGGACCAGGAGAGGCUGGACAGACUGACGGCGGUGCAGGAGCUGCUGGAGGACGGCCUGCUGGACCACUUCCACAAGAGUCUGCAGGAACUCAACAUGGACUCUGCCGAGGAGCUGCAGUCCUACAUCACCAAGCUCCAGCAGGCGGUGGAGCAGAGCAGACACAAGCUGCUGCACAGUGACACGGCAGAGGCAAAGACCGAGGCGUCUGAGCUGGAGGAGGGUGACAACAUGUACGCCGACUUCCCUGAGGACACGCUGCCAGAGAAAGCUGCUCAUGUGCUGCAGCCGGCCUUCAACAUGGCCGAAUAUCACCAACUGUUUGUGGGCACGGAGCGUCUGCGCUGCCCUGAGAUCCUCUUCCAGCCCUCGCUGACCGGGGAGGACCAGAUGGGCCUGAUGGAGACGCUGCAGUACGUGCUGGCCAGGUACACUCCUGAGCAGCAGGAGGCGCUGGUGAGCAACGUCUUCCUGACUGGAGGAAACAUGCAGUAUCCUGGCAUGAAGGAGAGGAUGGAGAGAGAGCUGCUGGCUAUCAGACCCUUUCAGUCACACUUUAAGGUAACCAUGGCGACACGGCCGGCCCUGGACGCCUGGCUGGGGGCCAGGGACUGGGCCCUGGAGCACCCCCCUGGUGGCGGGGGGGAGGGCUGGAUCAGCCGGCAGGACUACGAGGAGAAAGGAGGCGAGUAUCUUAGUGAGCACUGCGCCUCCAACGUCUACGUCCCCAUCAAGGUCAACAGAAAUGUCCCCGCUCGGCCGCUUGAAGCUCCCGUCGCCAUGGUAACAUCCCCUUUGUGAUGAGUGUGGGAGUACAGCGACAUGCAAAAUGGACGCCCUCGCAGCCAUGUGAUGUCUCCCGGCCAAUCAGCAGACAGGUACCAUGUUUGUACUUUUGUAAAUACACACUUGACUCUUCAACUAUAUGGACUUUUACACAUGUGCAGUACCAUGGUUUCACCACUAGAUGUAGCAAGUGUACACUGAAUCACAGACAUUCACUGUACAUUAACUCAAAUAUUAUUACAUCUAAGUCAGAUAUAAAGUACAGUACAUUUUAUUUAUAUAUAUAUAUAUAUAUAUAUAUAUAUAUAUAUAUGUGUAUGUAUAUAUGUCCAUUCAUAUCUGUGCUGUGUAUUUCCACUUAGACAUGUUUCUACUCCUAAGUGGGGAUGAAAUAUCAGGGUAUUAUAAUUGUGUACAUGUAAAUAAACAUGAUUAAUAAUUGUGUACAUGUAAAUAAACAUGAUUAAUAUUUGUGUACAUGUGAAUAAACAAGACAAAGUGUCA